AUGAUCCUGCUUGCCUCCUUUCUCGGCUGCAUUCUCCCAUUUAACAGCUACACAUCAGGACAACAAAUCGAUUUUCCCAUUCAAGCUUGUGCAGCCGGUGUUGCCACUGGCAACUACUGGUCAUGUGCUGGUCAAUUGGCAUAUAGCAUUUGGAAAUUGCACAACUGGGGCGAAAAUACACCGAUUAGCAUCUGUGGAAUUCCGUGUACGGGCAGUUUGAAAGGACGCUUCUCGAAAUGGCAAUGGAAAUGGGAUGCACGAUUUCGAUGUGAUACAAAGACACCAGGCAUUGAGGGUCACGAUACGAAGAAGAGUCGAAAUGGAGCAAUGGAAUGGGCCAUAAAAGAUUUUCUCAAUAGAGCGAUCUCAUCGGGUCGCAUCAAAGUCGAAGAACUCCACUGCUAA